AUGACGCGUACAAUGAUGGAUACCUGGGAGUUUCACCAGUUCGGAGUACUCCUUAUAGAAAGGACAACAUUCAACAUAAAGGAUAUCAGGGGUUCCAAUUAUGAGGUUAGCCAAAAAUUGGGGCUAUUUUCAUUGGAGCUGAGAAGGUUAUGCGCUGGUCUAAUGGGUCAUCAAAAUUCUGAAAAGGUUUUUAUGAAGAAUUGGUUUUUCAAUGGAGUAAUCCUCACGACAAUUCUUGUAAAUUCACUGGUAAUGGCACUGGAGAGUGUAGAAUCGAUGCAAAUGAGAUUCUAUGAAUUCUUUGACGUGAUGGAACAAUUCUUCUUGGCCAUUUAUAUAAUGGAGUUUUUACUGAAGAUUUACGCUGAACCAAUCAAAUAUUGGAAGGCUGGUUCCAAUACAUUCGCUUUCAUGGUGUUGCUGCUCUGUUUGGUUGAACGCUUUCUCACGAAUGAGCAGAAAAGGGCUAUGGACUUGAUCCGUGCAGUUCAGCCACUCCGAACGCUCAGGACAAUUUUCUUUAUCCGGGGCUUGCAGGUCCUAUCCGUUGCUUUGGUGAAGACCAUAAAGAGUGUCCUGUACAUCCUGUUCCUGCUCUUCCUGCUGCUGUUUGUGUUUGCGCUAAUUGGAUUUUAUUUCUUUGGAACUGGUAAUACAGGAAAUGUCGACAACUGGAGCAGCCUCAGGGCUGCUUUCUUCACACUCUUCAACUUAGUGACGCUGGACAGCUGGACUGAUUUUCAAGCUCAAAUAGUUCACCAGGGAACCAGGUGGAAUAGGAUCUUCACCAUUGGUUUUAUUUUACUGGGUUGUUUCCUCUUCUUCAACCUCUUCAUCGGAGUUAUCAUUAUCAACAUACGGGAAUCAGAUAAAGAAUUUAACAAGGCCAUCCUAGCAGAACGAGAAACUAGAUUGCUUCAGAAAAAGCAGACUAUUGUGCAUAGGCAACAAGAGCACAUCAAGCAACUGAUGGAGAAACAGAAAACCACCCAAUUUGAAAGCUUUGGUGAAAAGGUGCAGAAUUUUAAGAAGACCCUAAAACAUGACGAUUAUAUUGUGAUGGAUGAUCUGUGUUCGAGUCUGUCAUUCAUAGAUAUUUACUUGACAAACCUUGAUCAGCAGGAUGACACUUUGUACAAAUUGCAGAAUCUCUACUUUGAAUUGUCUUACAUUCUGGGCAACAUGUUGGAAGGAGAGAGUGGUGCAUCUGCUCUUGAUAAAAAAAGACAUAGCUGAAGGAGACCCUUUAUCCGCCUCAAUUCAGUAAAACAAGCGGAAGAUCAUACUUUUCAAAAAAUUAUCGGUGACAUUUUAAUCAAAAUUGAAAA